UAUUAAUUCACAUCAUACACUGUGGUAAUUUGGAAGAUAUAGUAAACUGUGAACACUGGAUUGAUUUAUUCUUGAUAUAAUAAUAUUGCAAAUUGCAUUAAUUGACUACAGAAUGCGAACAUUGAGGUAUUUGCAGGUUUUUUGGGCUCCGGUUUACGAAAACAAAAACAUUGGCAAUCAACUGUGGCAAAGUGCACAAUCUUUAAUGAAAGCUGAGACGUCGCGACGCUUCUCCAGCAAGGCAUUCGAUUGGAGCCCAAGAAAAACAGCAGCACCAACACCAUCGUUCGCUCCACACGGGGGAGCUUGCGUUGUUGCAACAAAUACACCAAUUAUUGCAAAUCUCCAUUACCGGUUGCUCUCGACGAGGCCUGAUCAUCCAUCAGAAAAAAUUAUCACUUGGCUUCAUACCGGAUCGUUAGCAACACGUCGACGAUUUAGUGUCAGUCGUAGUCCUCAGUUCGCCAUCGAAGUUCCAGUUCACGGAUCACUACCCGUAAAAAAGAAACGUAAAAUGAUUGUAAAACUUACGGAAGACCAACGCAAAGAGCAGCUGCAACCGCUGCUUGACGCCGGCUGGACCAUGGUAAACGGACGGGAUGCAAUCUACAAGGAAUUUUUGUUCAAAAACUUCAACGAAGCCUUCGGUUUCAUGACUCGGGUAGCUUUAUUAGCUGACAAGAUGGACCACCACCCAGAAUGGUUUAAUGUGUACAAUAAAGUACAGGUUACUCUGGCUACGCAUGAUUGUAGCGGGCUCAGUGAGCGCGAUGUGAAAUUGGCCAAGUUUUUGGAGGAAAUUUUCGGAAAAUACUAAAGCCGAUGUUUUUGAGCUUUAUGUUUACAUUAUUACAUUAAGAUUGAUAAUAAAAAAUAAUAUUUAAAUCAUUAA